AUGGAGGAGCAUUCGUACUCAGAGUUCCCAAAGUUUUCCAGAAGGCGGCGAUGCUGUGGGCAGAGGGUGCAGCUGGUGCUGGUGGGGCUGGCGACCACCCUGCUGUGGGCCGGGCUGCUGACCCUGCUUCUCUUCUGGCACUGGGACACUGUGCAGAACCUGAAACAGCUAGAAGUAACCGCCGCCCAGAACGUCUCUCGGGUUGCCAAGGACUUGGAAAGACACAACGGGGACCAGAUGGCCCAGAAAGCCCAGGCUGCCCAGGUGUCACAGAACAUGGAGGAAAUCCAAGCUGAACAGAAGAGAAUGAAAGCUCAGGACUCUGAGCUCUCCAGGAGCCUGGAAGGACUUCGUUCGGACCUGAGCAACCUCAAGUCCCUGAGCUUGAACGAGAGACACACAGCCUUACAUUCACUGGAAAGACUCCAGGAGGAGGUGGUGAAGCUGUGGAUAGAGCUACACACGUCCAAUGGCUCCCUGUGUAACACGUGCCCCGAGAAGUGGGUCAACUUCCAGAGGAAGUGCUACUACUUCGGUGAGGGCCCCAAGAGGUGGAUCCAGGCCCGGUUUGCCUGCAGCAAACUGCAAGGGCGGCUGGUCAGCAUCCACAGCCAAGAGGAGCAGGACUUCCUGGCCAGACAUGCCAACAGGAAGGGCACCUGGAUUGGCCUCCGGGACCUGGACAGAGAGGGGGAGUUUAUCUGGAUGGACCAGGGCCCCCUGAACUAUAGCAACUGGCGGCCGGGGGAGCCCAACAACGGGGGCCAGGGCGAGGAUUGCGUGAUGAUGCAGGGCUCCGGAGAGUGGAAUGAUGCCUUCUGCCGCAGCCGGCUGGACGGCUGGGUGUGUGACCGGCUGGCCACAUGCUGACCACCAGCAACUCCUGGGACAUCUCAGAAUCUGUUCAGGAGGAGGGGUAGGGGAGGCAGGAGAAGCCUUGAGGUGCCCCCAGUUCUGUAG